CGCACAGCACAACACACCACGCUCCGUCCCCCCAACCUAAUCCUCUUCCUCUCCACCCGGCGGCGGCGGUCGAUCUGCCGCCCACCAUGGCACCGCCGGCGUCGUACAUCGUCAACGAGAUCCUGGAGGAGAUCUUCCUUCGCCUACCCACCCCGGCCGCGCUCGUCCGCGCCUCAACCGCCAGCCCCCGUUUCCGCCGCAUCAUCACGGGGCGCUCCUUCCUCCGCCGCUUCCGCGCUCUCCAUCCGCCUCCACUCGUGGGAUUCGCCCUUGACAAACAUGGCUUCCACCACGCCCAAGAACCCCAUCCCUCCGCCCCGCUUGCCCGUGCCCUUGCCGACCGCGCAGAUUUCACCUACUCCUUCGUCCCCAAGCCCAAUGAUGAUUGGCUCAGCGGCCUCAGCCCCUGGUGCCACCGCGACGUUCGCGACGGCCGCGUCCUCCUCGAGUGCAGCUACCUGUGGGACAUCGAGCCAGUCUUUACACACCUGGCGGUGUGCGAUCCCUGGUCACGGAGAUCCACGCUGCUCUUUCCCAUACCAGAGGAGAUGACCGUCCAGCAAGAGCGCCUUAUCGAGUUCGAGCCAAUGCUCGCUCCCAUUGGCGAGGAUGAGGAUGAGGUUGAGGAUGAGACCUCGUUCAAGGUGAUCUGCACGGCGCGCUACGAAACCAAGCUGGUCACGUUUGUGUACUCUUCCGUAGCCGUUGAAUGGUGUAUAGCUGCAUCUCCCAGCUGGAACUCUUUGGGCACAGAUGAGCCCCCUCGGAAAGGCUUUUCGCAUUUCAACUAUUUGCGUGGCUGCUUCUACUGGAGCUCUCUUUGGAAAGACAAGCUUCUCGUGCUGGACACACGCACGAUGGAGUUCUCCACUGUCAACAUUCUCACCGGCUACCAUGUGCAGCUUAUAAACCAGCCUGGACAGAGUGUGUGCAUGUCUACCAUUGUUGAUGGUACAAAAGGAGCACUUGAGAUGUUUACUCUUGUUGGUCAUUGCAAGCCUACCUCGUUUUAUAUUUAUCAUACAAGUCAGCAAAACAACGGCGGACCUUCCAAAGAGUGGCAGCUGAAAAAUGUUAUAGCAUUGCCUCCCCGAUGUCUCUAUUAUACCGUGGGUGCAACUGAGGGAUUCUUAUUCCUUCGAGGUGUUCGAGAAGCUCGGUGGGAUGACAAUAGACAUGGAGUCUUUCCUGUGGAUAAUGAUGUUGAUUUUUUCUCUCUGGAUGUCAAGACUUCAGAACUUAAGAAGGUCUGCAGCUGCAGGGCAACAAUCUUUGAUCGUCCCAAUCGUGCUCACCCAUUAUUUGGCUUCCCGCCAUCAUUGUCGAAACCGAGCCUAUGAACUACAAAGCGGGAUGAGUUCGCUUCUCUUUUGUGGUCUGUUAUUCGGGCAUGCAUCUGGCCAUCUGGUGCCGUUGAGGAUAAAUGAAAGAUUGCCAAGAUGGUGCUAGGAAUAUGCUGGCAGGAUGUAGUACUAUUUAUCAAAAAAUAAUCAUAUGUUAAACGUAUUUGAGCGAAGAGACGCUGCAAGCAAGGUCACUCUAUCUAACAUUAAUAUGUAAGAGACAUAUUGUUGUUGUGCUGGGAGAAAUCGCUACUUAUUGUUGACU